AUGGGAGGCAGUGAUAAAGGAAAUGAUCACCCCUGCCAGAGCGGCCAAGAAGUGGGAGAACCUGAAAAAGACCUACAAGUCCCUUGGGGUGGAAAGUGCUGCUGCCAUCCGUCCACGCAGCUCCUGUCCACACUGCUGAUCAGGCUGGUGCUGCUGAUGCUGGUCCUGCUCGUCAUCAGGCCCUGGCUCCUCUUCCACUGGCUCCCAGAGAUCACCAUCGCUGAUGCAGAUGUUGUGCAGGAUGGCGCAACAGGCAGUCACCUCGACUGCAAAGAUCGUGCCCGUGCAUGCCACGGGGCUUUAUUCUGA